ACAAUCUGGUGGUCCUUGCUUCGACACCUGGACCAGCCAAGACAGCCUCAUUUUGAGGUCUGAGCGUCGGAAUCUAGACGACAGCAUUACUUUCGACAGGAUUUCUGCCCUAGCACAAAGGUAUGCGGCUUUUAGCAUUCAAUGGUGCUAAUCAAUAUUUCCGUCCUUGCUCAUUCGAGUGUUCCAUCCCAAAGCCUUUUUCAGUAUAUGCUGCUCUGGAAAGCAACUGCUCUAUGAACCUAGCCGAAUCGAUGGCCCUCAUGUGGUACCUCAAACCAGCUAUGCAUCGCUCCGAAAGGAAGUCAAUUCCUGAUCCCGAGGUAACAUCGCAAUGUUUCUGGAAGGCACCCCAGAUUUUAUUAUCCAUUGACAAAGAAGUGCCAUUCGAAGUCUUACUCUUUCGAUCCGUUCUCACCUGGCAAAAUGUUAUCAACUGGUCUCCUCCUCGCAACCGCCUUUGGGCAUGUCCUCGGACUCCCUCAAAUAUACUCUCGUGACGACGAGUUGAAAACACAUCUGGGGGAUGACAAGAUUAAAUGGAGUACACACUGUUCAUACCUAGGGUUCGAAAGCGAUCUGCCAUACAGCUGUGCCAACUUCACUGUCCCGCUCGACUACAGCAACCCAAAGUCAAACAACACUCUGACGUUAACUUUAACCAAGAUCGAUGCGGUUAAACAGCCAGCAAGGGGAAGCGUACUUUUCAAUCCUGGUGGACCGGGUGCUGGAGGGGCUGAUAUGAUCACUUCAUUCGGCGAGGAGUUCAUGACGGUACUCGGAGGUGAGUUCAAUCUCAUUGGCUUUGAUCCAAGAGGCACGGCAAACACACUCCGCUUCGACUGCUACGACAACUCUGACAUGGACCGCGCACUCCUGGCUCCUCCGGACAACACUCUUGGCAACGCAUCUGAUACUGCGUUGGGACAAAAUCUCGCAUACGCCGAAGUCGCCGCUUCUCAAUGCCUCGAUGCUGCGGCCGACAUUGGAGGAUUGCUCGGCACUUCCUUCGUUGCCAGAGAUAUGGCCCGUAUCGUGGACGCUCUCGGAGAAGACGGACUUCUUCGAUACUGGGGUUUUUCAUAUGGCACGGCUCUCGGGGCAACCUUCUCCGCGAUGUUUCCAGAAAAAGUCGACAAAGUCGUCCUUGAUGGCAAUGUCAACGUACACGAAUAUUACUCCGGAGAGGAAAUCGAGAGCCUUGACAGCCUUGACAGCGUUGUGCAAGGCUUCUAUGAUGGCUGCGUCGCUAACCCCGAUGAAUGUGCGUUGGCAAAGGAAGGUCAGACGUCCCAAGAUAUUUCCAAUGUCGUCGAAGCAUUCCUCGCAACACUUCGAUACAACCCGAUCGUCGUGACGGACGAGAUCUCCAUAAUCAUUUCCUAUGACAAGGUGAAGACAUUCAUGUUCGAAUCAAUGUAUCGACCAAAUAGCUGGCCAACUGUCGCGGUACUACUCGACCUAUUGAUUCAAGGCAACUCGACUGGGUACGUGGACACGCUCGAACAGUUGGCAGGGGGAGGGAAUGGUACAGACCGAGAAGCACCUGAUGCUUUCAAAGGCAUCCGAUGUGGAGAUGUCGCCUUCCGAGCCGAUAUCCUGUCUGCCUUCGAUUCUUUCAAAGAGGCUGUUGUUCCGACCAGCAAAUGGGGCGGUUUAGAUUUGGGACUUGAUAACAUCAUGCAAUGCGCACCUUGGAAGAUGAGAGCCAAAGAAGUUUACUCCGGGUCUUGGUCCAACAUUCGAACCAAGAAUCCUCUCUUGAUCAUUGGCAACACCUACGAUCCUGUUACGCCUCUGGUGUCUGCAAGAAACAACAGCGCUGCGUUUGAAGGCAGUAUCGUGCUUCAGCACAAUGGCUACGGUCACUGCUCUAUUGCGCAACCGUCGUUGUGCUCGGCCAAAUAUGUCCAGGCAUAUUUCAAGAACGGCACUCUGCCGGCUCCAGGGACCAUCUGUGAAGUUGACGUUCCGCUCUUCUCGGAUGAAACGUGGGCGAAUGCAUUCUCCCCCAUUAGUCUCAAUGGCACAUCGGCUGGGAUGGUGAAACGGUCAGUGGAGGAUAGUGCUUUGCUGAAGGCUAUGACGGGGCUUUCCCGAUCACCAGCUCGCUAUGGCAGGGCACAGUAAGCUAGCAAUGGUUCAUUCCAAAGUGUCUGUACCAUAGGCUGCCUAUCAACUUGUGGACAGAACUUGUGGCAUAGUGUACCACGGUACCCUUCUACACCACAACCUCUUCCUAAUUCGGACCAGUCUACUCCUGAGGUGUAUUCCUUUAAGGAGUGGAGAGACCUAUUUUCCAUUCAUGCCUCAAGCGAGGACUAGAAUUCGCCUUAUGAAAAG